AUGUUACCAUUAUCAUCUUCACGUAUUAUCGAUUUAACACAUGUAAUUAGUGAAGAUAUUCCAACAUGGAAUGAAGGAGAAGGUUUUACACAGAGUCAAAUACGUUUUAUUAAUAUUACUGGUUCUAAUGUACAUCAAUUACAUUUCAAGAAAGCUGGUCUUGGCACACAUUUUGAUAGUGCUGCUCAUUUUGGUGGAGAUCGCUGGGUAUGUAUAUGAUAAUACUUUAUAAGAUCCUUCAUCAUUUUUUGGAUCAAAUUACAUCAAUUUGAUUUUGACUUGUACAAAAUUACGAUUAGAACUUGUUAUUGGUGCUUUCAUCACAUCUGCUACAUUAGCACCCGUUGUUGAUAUACUGACAUAUCAGAUAGUAUAAUAAUCUGACUUAAUGACAAAAAUGCGCACGCGGCAAUUUUGAAAUUCAGCACAUGCUCGGACUCUAAACCGAGCCGUCAGAACACGCGUUGUUUAGGCGAAUGUUCAUAUUCAGAACUGUGAUCACUGAGGACUGUGAGGACUGUGAUCUCACCCCCUCUGCACACAUCACAAUUUUCAGAUCCACAUAAAAAAAAUUUUCAAAUCUACUUAGAAAAUGUACACCUAAAUAACAUAAUCACAGUCCUCACAGUGAUUACAGUCCUCACGGUAAUUACAGUGAUCAGAGCAGGGCUGGGCCACUCCAACUCCGGAGUUGAGGACUUUUUUGGUGGAGUUGGAGUUGAGAUUUUAGUAGGCUGGAGUUGGGUUUUUGAACUUUUAUUCUCAACUCCGUUUUGCAUUUCUGGAAAUGUUCAAUAGCUGUAAACUGAUCUUCUAAACGAUAGAGUGGCUGUAUUCACGAGUGAAUUCGGAAGUUCUUUGCGCUUUCAUACUGGAAAAAGCUCAAAAACGUCCCGAAUCCUGGUAAAAACCGAAUAAUCUUCCUUACAAAAGUGAAGCAACUGGAGUUGAGCUUUUUAUUGAGAGAGUUGGAGUUGGAGUUGAAAAAUUUUGAGAGGAGUUGGAGUUGGAAAUUUGAAAACGGAGUUGAGUUGGAGUUGAAAGUCAGCGGAGUUGCCCAGCCCUGGAUUAGAGUCCUCACAGUGAUCACAGUCCUCACGCUGAUCACAAUAUUAUUACGGAUCAUAUAGGUGAUCAUUUUAUAAAACGGCUGCGCGCAUGACCAAAAUAUUUUAUUUUGAAGAUGCCGCGGGUUCUUUUUUAUUAUUAUAUGAAUAAUGCCAAGAUGUUGAUAUAUACUUUUCAUCAACAUCUUUUGUCGCUACGCUAAAAAUAAAAAGUCUUUUCUAUACACAACAUCUAUGUGAAACAUUUACUACUGAUGCCAAAAUAACUUGCAUAGAUGCGCAUCGAUGUUCCAUGCAUGUGUACCUCAUAAAAUUCGACCAUGCACAUGAUCGUAUGCUUCUGCACGCUUUUUUUGUUCAUGCGCUUGCUUGUUUCUGUUUCUUUUAUGCAGAGGUGGGCAAGUCCAAAUUCAAGAACGACGAAUGUGGAGUGGUUCCUGUUUCUCAGUCAUCUUAUAGCGAGUUGCUUUUACCGUUAUUGGAUGCAGAAUUUGUUCCGCUACAGAGCUAUGUGAGAGUUGGAAUCUUUAAGUGACACAGAAAAAAAAUUUUGUCACUUUUCUCAUCGGACUUGUGAUGGCGGACUUGUGAUGGCGGACUUGAACUACCUCAGUUUUACAAGUCCGAUG